AGUACCCGUUGUUAUCUGCGCAAAAACGACGACUCGGUCUGGGCGCGCCUCCUCGGUUCGAUUCUCCCGGCAUCCUUUACGCUUCCGUCUUUGCCUAGCAGGGAAAAAGAGGGCGACGCGGGCGAUUAUAACGCUCGCGUGGAGUCUUCGCCUCUCCAGUAUCUUGCCUGUCCGCAUGCUGUGAAGCACCCUCAAGAGCCCACUUCUGGCCGCACCCAGAUCAGGCUGCCUGGUGCACAGACCCUUGCCUGCUGUUCUCUUCUAUAGCCCCCCACAAUGACGACUUUGGACGACAAGCUGCUGGGUGAGAAGCUCCAGUACUACUACAGUAGCAGUGAGGAUGAGGAUAGCGACAAGGAGGAGCGAGACGAGGACCACAGUGAGGAGCACAACUCCCACCCUAACACUGUGCCUGUGGAGCUGAGUAGUGAUGGCAGUGCUGUGAACACAGGUCCUAAAGGUGUCAUCAAUGACUGGAGACGGUUCAAGCAGCUGGAGACAGAGCAGCGUGAGGAGCAGUGCCGGGAAAUGGAGCGGCUCAUCAAGAAGCUCUCCAUGACCUGUAGGUCACACCUGGAUGAGGAGGAGGACCAAAAAAAGCAGAAAGAACUUCAGGAGAAGCUGAAUGGGAAGCUUACUCUACAGGAGUACAGCAUGCUGCACGAGGGUGCCGAUGAUGAAGAGUUCCUGCAGCAGUAUCGUAAGCAGCGGAUGGAAGAGAUGCGACGGCAGCUGCAGAGCGGGCAGCAGUUCAAGCAGGUGUUUGAGAUCCCCAGUGGGGAGGCCUUCCUGGACACCAUCGACAAGGGGCACAAGAAUACGCUGGUGAUGAUCCACAUCUACGAGGAUGACGUCCCUGGGGCUGAAGCCCUCAAUGGCUGCAUGAUCUGCCUGGCUGCUGAGUACUCCGCGGUCAAGUUCUGCCGGGUGAGGAGCUCCCUGAUUGGUGCUAGCGCUCACUUCACCAACAACGCACUGCCAACCCUUCUGGUUUACAAGGGCGGGGAGCUCAUUGGCAACUUUGUGCGUAUCACCGACCAGCUGGGCGAAGACUUCUUUGCAGUGGACUUGGAGGCGUUCCUGCAAGAGUGUGGCCUGCUCCCAGAAAAGGACUUGGUGCUUCUCGCAUCCAUCUGCCAGGCCUCCUCGUGCUACAGUGAGGACAGUGACCUGGAAAUAGACUGAAGCCAGGCAGGGACAGGAGGGAACCUGGAUCUGGAGCUGCAAACUUCCUAGCAUUUUCCAUUCCUAGGUAGUCUACAGAGAGUGGAUAAUUAAUUUCCUACCACCCUGUUUUGGACAGGCAGCCACCUCAGAGCCCCCGAUCUGACCAGCAGAAAUGCACACUAGUCGUAUUGGGGCGUCAUGGCAAACCUCCUCUCACACGUGGCGCAUGAUUAAAGAAUUCCUGGUUAAGGAAACCUUGAAACAAGCUCCAAUUUGCCAGUGUCAGUCCCCCCCCCCCCCCACCAACUGGGAUUCUAAAGCUAAUACCAACUGGUUUAUGGGGAGGAAACAACUCCAAUUUGCCCCGGUGCCCACAUCCUGAUGUUACCAAGACUGGAGCUUGAUCCAAGGGUUCCCAAGCCAGGAAACUUUGAGUUGUGCUUUGUGGGACCACAGCUGAAAGCUGUGCCGGUUUGUCAUGCCGUCCAAAUGCUGCUGUUUCUUGAACUUAUGGUGUCUGAGCUCCGAUAGCCACAGUUCUUGGGUAUCUUGCAUGUGUAGAAUCAUAAGAUGAAUACCAGCAACCCCCCAGGAACCAGGGCUGUAUGAGCACUUAGGUGCUGGAUGAUGGGGAGCGGGCCACCGGACAGUUUAAUGAACAGUUACUUCUAGAGCUUAAGUUAUUGUUAAAGUGAUUGUUGUAGCUCUGUCCAGCCAGUUGUUUGUUAAGGACUCUUAUUUCAGGGUUCCAGCCACUCCCUUGCAUUUCUAAAGCUCCUUACAAGCUGGGUAUAAUGUCACCCACAAAGAAUGUCUCCCUGCAGUGGUUUUGCCUUUGCAGGUUCUCUGUGCUGUGAGUUGCUUGUUCCUUCUGUACUGUGCCCUCUUUACCUUCCCCUUUCUGUGCAAACUAUUUUGGUAAACACUUUUACUACAUGUAAACAAUUCCUAACAUUUUCUUAAAUUAAUGCAAUGCAAUA